CUCCUGGUGUUUGGUCGGCAUUCUGACGUUGUCGUUUCGCUUGAUCCUAUAAAUAUCAAAGAAUUACGCAUACACGACUCAGUACUUGGUAGAGGCACGCGAGAUCGAAGUGUUAGUUGACUUGUGAGUGUCCGUCCACAAAAUGUAUGUUUUCGUUAUUCAAACAACUCUGUGUUUAUUAUUUAUGAGACAAUACGAAUCGAGAAUUAUCAAUGUAAACAGCUAUAUAAUGAACCGAAGUAAUAUACUUGCUGAAGAAUAUGAAUCAUCUCUAGGCGGAAGAUUAGUUUUAAAUGAAGAUGAAGAAGCAGUGAAUAAGAUAUUAAUGCAUUGGAAGGAAGAAGAGUGCGAAGAGUCGUUCAAACAUCCACAGUAUUUUAAUUUUUCUAAACAUUAUUUUACUUAUAAAAACGAAAUCUAUAAAUCUAAAGUGUAUCAAAUUAUUAAACGGAUGCCAAAAGGAGCUGCUUUACAUUUACACAGUUCGCUAAUGUUACAUGUGGAUAAGUUGAUUGAACUGACUUACGAGGACCACUUAUACGCCUGUUACACGGAUGACCACUUAGAUUUACAAUUCUCUAACACUGUUCCCGAACGACCUUGCUCGCUUGAGUGGAGUCUCCUUAGUGAUCUUAGAAAUGCAUCGAAUGACGUCAGCGCAUUUGACUCGAAACUGAAGAAUUUCUUCACGUUAUACACAGAAAAUGGAGAUAUUAUUAACUCGGAUAUAAACUUUACAUGGAAACGAUUCGAUAAAGUAAUUCGCGCCAUAAAAUCUAUAAUCCGCUAUAGGCCUGCACGAGAGAAAUUUUUCUACAAAGCUUUAAAAUCAUUUUAUGACGACAAUGUCAUGUAUAUUGAAAUAAGAACAGGAUUAAGCUCUUUGUAUGAACUGGAUGGAACAAAACAUCAGGGACUGUACCUCGCGAAGUUAUAUCAACAAAUUACAAAGAAAUUCAUGGAGGAUUAUCCGGAUUUUGUUGGAGUUAAGAUAAUUCUGUCAAACAUACGUACGGGUACUUUAAAUCAAAUUCAAACUGCUUUAGAACUCGCUGAUAAACUAAAAGCCGAGAUGCCCGAGUUCUUCGCUGGUUUUGAUCUAGUUGGGCAAGAGGAUCUAGGAAAACCAUUGUUUGAAUUCUUUCCAGUUCUGUAUGAAGCAAAGGAAAAAAUGAAUUUCUACUUCCACGGUGGAGAGACUGACUGGUUUGGUACAUCAACAGAUGAAAAUCUGAUUGAUGCUGUUCUAUUAGGAACAAAAAGAAUAGGUCACGCAUUCGCGUUAAUUAAACAUCCCACUUUAUUAAAAUCAAUAAAAGAUAAUGAUAUUGCUUUAGAAGUAAAUGUAAUAUCUAAUGUAGUGUUAUCCUUAAUUCAGGAUGUAAGAAAUCACCCCUUGGCUUCAUAUUUGGCAUUUGGUUUGCCAGUGGUUUUAUCCAGCGAUGAUCCCGGUGCCUGGGACGCUGAUCCACUGUCUCAUGACUUUUAUAUAGCGUUUUCGGGAGUUGCUAGUAGGCACGCUGAUUUACGUAUGCUUAAGCAGUUGGCUAUCAACUCAAUAAAGUACAGUGCAUUAGAUGAGAAAGGCAAAACUAAACUGUUCGAAAUUUUUAACAGAAGAUGGAAAACAUUUCUGAAAGAAAUAAUCGCUACGACUUAUUAAAUAGAAUAGUUUUAUGAAUAAAAAUCCUACCUAGGUAAAUGUAUGUUAGUAACUUACAAUCUCCGUCAUAUUCAGUAUUAUACUAAUAUAUCGAUUCCUUAUGUUUGUGAAAUAUUCAAUAUUUUGACAAAAUUUAGGUCACUUGUACUCACUUUAAAGUGAUUGAUUAAAAAAAAAGUAAACAUACCUUUAAAUAAUACACGAAAGGAUUUACAACGAAGAAUAGUUGAUACCUAUGUAAUAAAUUGUGACGAGAUUUUAGUGAAACGGUUGAUAAUUUUCUAAUAUUUAUAAGUAAUAUCCUAUAUAAUUGUAAAUUAAUCUGUACUUACAAUAGCAUAUACGAUCCUCAUUAACUCUAGCAUCAUAGUAGGUGUUAAUAAUAGUGGUAAUUAUCCAGAAAAAAGUCACUUACAACAAAAGUAAAGCCUUUGUUCUAUAAUUGGAGUUUGACAACAUCUUAGUUUUAGUUAUCUAAGUGUGGUAAAGAAAAUUAUAGAACCCCAGAAUAUUUAAUAACUUUAUGUGAACUUAUUACUAACUGCUAAAAGUUCCUAAGAAGGCAAAGAAAUAAACUAAACUUGAAUUACAAUUUUUUUAAUAUAUUUUUUGUUGACAAUUUUUUUCUGGCUAAUUUUAUAACUUUUAGGUACUAGCAACAUAGCCAACUAACGAAUCCACCGCUAUAUAUAGAUCUCAGCCAACCUGCACUACUUUGUAGGUAGUUUUUUCAAUUCAAUUAAAAUUUUAUUUAUUGCACGAAUAUCGGUACAUAUACAUUCAAUGAAAAUUAGGGUUAGACAGCUUUUCAUAGAUAUUUUAUUUUUUUUCAUUAAAUAUUAUCUGCAGUCAAGACACUUAGAUAAUCGGUCAAAAAUAUAAUGACGAUGUAAUAAUAAAAUAGUAACUAUCAAUUCAUUUAUAACAUUAUUUUGUAUACUUUUGCAGUGAUACUAUUGCAAAUUCCAAUAGAAUAUAUACAUGUACUCUGUAAAGCUUUACUGUGAAGGUACAGAAUUGUUUUGCUGCUAGUGUAGGAGACUGUGCGAUAGAUGGCGCAACGCGGUCUCAUAUUUCAUCACUUCGUCAUAGGUUGAUGAUCUCCAAAGAGUAUUUAGGUAUUAUAAAACCGGUGUACAAUCUGACGCAGUUCAUUUUGUCCAUCCAUUUUUUCUAUCCCACCUAAUGUGAUUUAAAUAUUUGAUAACCUUUAAAAGUCAAAAAAGGUUGUUUUUAUUGCAAUUUUAUAGCAGUGCGUCACCACAAAUUAUGUGCUUACAUUGCCGGAUUAUUAUAAAUUGUUCACAAAUUAUAGUCAAGUGUUAUUAUAAUAAUUGCUAUAAUUAUUCAGCUCAUUAUUCACGCCAAAUAAUUUGAAUUGUAAAAAAUAUGAACAUUUAACGCCAUUUAAGGUGAAGCUAAAUUUUUGGCUAUACACUUCAAGUGAAGAGCCAAAGCAGGAAAUAGGAUAUACCUACCAAGCUACUUUAAAAACAUGUCAAAACAUAUCAGUCUGUAGAAUCUGCUUAUUGAUAAGACCGCAGUUUCCUGCAGAUUAGUCUAGACAUUGCAUACAGAUGGUCUGAUGGAUACUAAUGUUUUAGUAACAGAGCGUAGAUAAAAUUAACACAUUUACUUCUACACCUAAAGUAUAAAAUCAUAUUGUUGUAAAGAAGAC